ACAUUUUCUAGUCAAAACAUAGGCUAAUACUUUUAUUUACUUUUUAGAAUAGAAAAAGUAAAAUCGUACAUAAUGUAUUCGUAAAUACAAAAUUUAUAUAGUAAAUUUUUAUAAAUUCCUCACACGUGAAUGAGUAUUUUUAGUAAGCAAAAUUAUUAUACGUAGGUAGUUUGAAAUGGAAUCAAAUAGGGACGAGGAUGACAUUGGCUUAUCUGAUGUGGUGUCAGUGAUAAUUUCAAGUGAGGAUGGCCAGUACCUUUUGGUUUCCGAUGAAACUAAACACAAAGGUUUAUUCUGGAUAUUUACAAAAUCGGCAAGAAACAAAACUUUCAGAUCUGCUGCCGGUGACCUUUUGGCUGAGAAAUUCCAUUCAAAUUUCAAUUCUCUCAGAGAGCAUCUUCUAAAAUUUUACAACGUUUGGGUACCUGAUGAUAACAGCUUACACCAUGCUGUUUUUGAAAUGAUCAUUUCUGAUGAUCAGAAAAAUUCACUCAAAAUGGAAAAUAAAAUGUGGAAAGGAAGUUGGUGUUCGAAGACUGAAAUAAAAUCAAUGGCUAUUAGUGGUACCCUCAGAAGUCCUGAACUACUGGACUAUAUUGCUAGCUCACAAUCAGUCAAAAAGAAGCAAAAAAGUACCGAGAAACCAUCAAGUGGCCAAGAUAAAAACCAUUCAACUCUGUCAAAUGCCACAGUGAUUGACAAUUUGACAGAAAUUAAUAGAAGCCAUUUAGUCAUAGAAACAAACAAAGAUCCUCAAAACCCUCAAGAAGUAACUGUUAAACAAGCUUGCUUGAAUUUCCCAGAACAAAUGAUGAUCUACAGGGAGUUUCUCUCUCUUUGCUUUCCAAACUUAUUGAUGAAUAGCACAAUAUUCGAGAGCUUUAUGAUAAGCUUCGGUUGGGAUGUCAGUCUAACCAAGAACCUGUUCCGAGCGGCAGAUGUGACAAACAGAGGUGCCAUAACUCACAAAGAGUUCCUCUUCAUUUUGGCGGCAUGUGAGCCUAGGACGCCUCAUGCUGGAAAACCGGCAGAAACCAGGUGCCGCUACAUAUUCAGAUUUUUCGACACAACCAACAGCAACAGACUGAGCUUCGAUGACCUGAAGAGAAUGCUUCUAAUGAUCAGAGAAACGAGAGGUCAAAGUCAGAAUGAGAUCGAGGUUGAGAAAGAGCUGGACAAUUGUGAGAAAACUGUUCAAAACAUAUCAAUCACAGAUAUGACUCUGGGCAACUUCAUGCGUUGUAUAGGAGAGCUGAAAUUCAGGGGCACUUCUAAACUUCUACGAUCACCCAUAAGCGUUAUUCAAUUUUUCCGCAGCCGCAACAUUGAGUCCUAUUGGUCAGUGAUAGACGCGAAGGCGAGUCUGCUUUUCCGAGAUAAUCAUUCUAAUGAGCCCAGUACCAGUACCCAUCAAAUGAAUAGUAGAAUAAUGCUACCGUCGUCACCUUCAAAUAUAAUGGAAACAGGGUACAGACUAUGUGGCCAUGUAUUCAGUGUUAGCAGACUUGGUGUUCAAGAUAUAUUAACAGUUGAUAAGCUACCAUGUGCAAAAUCCGAUUCCCUACAACAAGCUUGCUUGACUCGCGAGUCGAUUGAGCGAUUAAAAAACGCCUUUUUACCCAACGAAGUCCUUUCGGGCUUAGCAUACUUUGCCGAGAAAAUAGAUGCCACUGAUGUUGUGGCAAGAAAAGCAGGGCGUAAGCCAAAACUGCCUUUUAACUGGGGACAGAUUGACAUGGUAGGUCUUGGAAUUCAUCUGAUACAACUCUGCAAGAUAGUUUCUGAGAUAUUUGCAAGAGAGCCUAGAUUAUUGAGGAUCAAAUCUCCUGUCUAUGUUUUAGCAAUUGAUAUUUUCAGACCAACAAAAACUGAUGAUGAGCAUUAA